AUGGCUACCACACGUUUACCCCUUCUGUUCCGCUCUCUUCCCUCAAGAGCCCCUACGAGAUUCACCAAGCCCCUCUUCCCCGCCGUGCGGACUCUCGCAACAACCAAGCAUCCGAAGGGGUUUGUGCCUCCAUCAGAAGAUGACUUAUUAGAACUACGAGAAAGAGUCCAAGAAUUUACUAGACGCGAAAUUCCCGAAGAAGUCGCGGCGCAAACAGACGCCCAAAAUGAAUUUCCAGCGGAUAUGUGGAAGAAAAUGGGUGAUGCCGGGUUCCUCGGUGUCACAGCAGACGAAGACUAUGGAGGCCUUGGUAUGGGUUAUCAAGCACAUUGUGUGGUGAUGGAGGAGAUUAGCCGUGCUUCAGGCAGUAUCGGUCUAUCAUACGCAGCGCACUCCCAGCUCUGUGUAAACCAACUUUCCUUGAACGGUACCUCAGAGCAAAAAGAACGAUUCCUUCAUGGGCUUCUAUCUGGCGAGAAGAUUGGUGCGCUGGCUAUGUCUGAACAUUCGGCUGGUUCCGACGUCGUCAGCAUGAAGACUACGGCGAAAGAAGUCGAUGGCGGAUGGGUGUUGAACGGAACCAAAAUGUGGAUUACGAAUGGCCCGGAUGCAGAUUACAUCGUCGUCUACGCCAAAACCGAGCCCGAGAAAGGCUCCAAGGGUAUCACCGCGUUCGUUGUUGAAAAGACAUUUAAGGGUUUCUCAUGCGCGCGCAAACUCGAUAAGCUGGGUAUGCGUGGCUCAAAUACCGGAGAACUCAUCUUUGAAGACGUCUUCGUCCCUAAGGAGAAUCUCCUCGGCGAAGUAAACCGUGGCGUGAAAGUUUUGAUGGAGGGUCUUGAUCUCGAACGACUUGUUCUCAGUGCUGGUCCGCUUGGAAUCAUGCAGGCUGCCCUCGAUCUAGCCCUCCCAUAUACCCACGUUCGGAAGCAGUUCGGAACUCCCAUCGCCCAUAAUCAGUUGAUCCAGGGCAAAUUGGCAGAUAUGUACACCAAGCUUGCGGUUUCCCGAGCCUAUACCUACGCAACCGCCCGCCAGGUCGAUACGUUCGCCUCAUUAGGAUCGGCAGCGAUCCGCACCCAGGACUGCGCGGGAGCAAUUCUGUACGCCGCCGAAAGGGCCACAGAAUGUGCACUCGAUGCAAUCCAGCUGAUGGGUGGGAGUGGCUACAUCAAUGAGAUACCUGCCGGGAGACUACUUCGGGAUGCGAAGUUGUACGAGAUUGGGGCUGGGACAAGUGAGAUUAGGCGCAUGGUUAUUGGGCGUGCCUUUAAUAAGGAAUAUGCCCAAUGA